CGAUAUAUAUAAGAACGGGGGGCAACCCUCACUCACGCACAGCACAUCUAUCUGACUGCCUUGGUAGACUUAAGCGGUUUGAUCGGUCAGGUUUUCAAGUGUUCAAAGGCGUAGUCUUGUCAGUAGCUUUUGUAGUAGCUGAUUGCCUAUUGUGGGUCAAGUGAAGGUUAGCUGAGUUAGUUUAGGUUGAACAAAACAGAAGGUUAAUAUGAGGGCGCUGCUUGUGCUCUUACUUUGUGUCGCUUUGGCCCAGUUAUCACAGGCCAAAAGCCUAGCUCAAGUUUUAACGCGCGGAAUACGUAGUGCGGACUCAACCACGGAUACGAACGGCACACAGUCUCCCUUAUUACACUUAGAUACCACCCCCAAGGCUGAUGACGCAGCGUCGUCACAAGCGUCGGUUGAAGCAUCCAAUAGAGCCUCGCCAGUCCUUGAGCAAAUUAGUUCCACGUCUUCUAGUCCUGCAGUUGGAGCGGCUGCCGCCCUCGUCGCGGCAGAGGCUAAGCUGGAAACUGUACCCCGGGUUGAUGAAGACAUUAACGUGUCCGUAGAAAAAAAUGCUCCGGCAACAGCACCAACAUCUUCUUCAGUGCCAAGCCCGGUGCCAUCCCUUUCCGCCGUUCCAGAAGCUCCCCAGAAUGCUAUAAUCAUGAAGGACCUUGCUGAAACGAUGCAUGAAGUCAAAGAGGUGUUGGUGCCCGUGACGAGAGCCAUGAAGGUGGUUGACGAAGCUAUGGCUUCUCGGCCUUCUCCAGCAUCCCUGUCGGUGUCUGACGCUACACUGGCUUCAACAUCUGUCCCCACAGAGGCUUCUGCUGUCAACGAUAUUAAUCAAAAUGACGCAGCUAUAGCCGAAAAAGCAGCCGAAAUAUUAGCUGAAGUUGUAGCAAGAAUGCCCGAUAUCCCUAUUCUGUCGGCGACCAAAAAAAAAUCAGUUUCAGAGGUUUCCUUCGUAGGCAAACGUAGUCGAGAACUUCCAAUGGAAGCGUCUAUGCCUGAAGCUGUCAUUGUUUCCGUGGGUCCGCUGGUGACGCCGGUCGAGGAUUCUAAACCAGUAAAUCCAACUCUUACAUUACCUGCCACCGUCCACGCCGAACCCCUCUCUGAGGCAUCGAUGCCCGGGCCUGUAAUGGCCCCCGUUGAAGCCUGGCUCCCUGCAAUUAUGAUUGCCUCCACUGAGACUCCAGUACAAGAAGAAACAUUGGUCUCGAUCCCGGCGCUGGCGCCAAUCCCUGCGCUGUCAGAAACAACGACAACAACAACUGCUGCCACUACUGAUACUGCACUCCCUUUAAUUGAAGACGCUAACGUUCACGCAGCUAGAAGUGAUACGAUUCCAGCUCAGGAGAUCCACAUCGACGAUGCCAUGGCACCGCCUGCAGUAAUCGCUGAAACUAAGGUCGUCCCCGCUAAAGAUAGCAGACCUGAAAACCAGAUUGACAAUGCCCCAUCCCUCUUGGGGGUAAAGGUAGGAACCACGCCGAAAGAACCUGCGACUGCCGAGCAAUCCUCAGAAGUUAUGUCCACCUCAAGCAUAAAGGAGUCAAGUCCCUCGAUAACUGUGGUAAGUCCUUCAACCACUGAAAACGCAGCAUCCUCAACCAUCGAAGAUUCGCCAUCGUCAUAUACUUCCACUGAAAGCGCACCUUCGUCGACCGAAGCAGCCGAAUCACCAAUGACCAGUGAACCUAUCAAUACAACGAGCGCUCCUGCGAGCUCAUAAACACGGCGUAUGGCAUAUCUAAGCACAUAACGCGUAUGCCACAUCCAUUAGCGAUUAUGUUCCUUAAGAUAUGUGUACCCUACUGUAAAUUACAUGAAUGACUAGAGAAAUAAAGUGAUCCUAAAGGUGAUGUAUAUAUAUAU